CACAAGCAAACACAGAGAGGGAUCGAGAGAGGGACGGUUGAGAGUGAGAUGAUGAAGUGGUUGGAUGAAUGGCAGCCAGCUUUUCUUAUGGUUGUCAUUGAAUUUGCUUUAGCUACUGUAAAUGUACUUCUUAAGAAAGUUGUUGAUGAUGGAAUGGAUCAUCUGGUUCUUAUUACCUAUCGGACUUUAUUUGCCGCAGUUUUCUUAGCCCCCAUGGCCUACUUCUGGGAGAGGAAAACUAGGCCUAAACUCACAUCUCGAAUCUUGUGUCACUUGUUCAUAAGUGCCAUGCUUGGGGCGACGGUUACACAAUACGGUUUUCUUCUUGGGCUUCAAAAUACCUCGGCGACAUUUACAUGCGCCUUCAUCAACAUGGUGCCUGUGCUCACAUUUCUAAUGGCUCUACCUUUUGGGUUAGAAGAGGUGGAUAUUAAAAGUAUGAGUGGCAGCAUAAAGGUUUUUGGCACAGUUGUAAGUGUAGGUGGUGCGAUGGUGUUGACACUCUACAAAGGAAUGCCAAUAACAAAUAUUUCGGAUUCUAGAGAAACAAUAACCUCAAUUCAUACAACUAAUCACUUAAAUUGGUUGAACCCGAAUAACAAAACCGAACGCUGGACGAUUGGAACAAUAGCUCUGAUUUUUGGUUCAGUAUUUUGGUGUUCAUGGUUUCUUAUUCAAGCCAAAAUAGGUAAAAUGUACCCAUGUCAGUACUCGAGUACUACUAUUAUGAGCCUGUUCGGUGCAAUUCAAUCAGCUCUAUUAAGCUUUGCUACGAAUCAGCACUAUUCUUCAUGGGUUCUGAAAGGAAAAAUUCAGACCAUAACUGUCUUAUACUCGGGGAUCGUGGGGACAGGGUUGAGCUAUGUAGGUAUGGCAUACUGUGUGAAGAAAAGAGGUCCUGUUUUUACUGCCGCCUUCAGUCCUCUGAUUCAAAUCGUAGUAGCCAUAUUCGAUUUCUCAAUUUUGCACGAACAACUUCAUCUCGGAAGUGUUCUGGGAUCGAUUCUCGUCAUCCUUGGUCUAUAUAUUCUUUUGUGGGGUAAGAGUAAAGAAGCAAAAGCUUGUGUAACCAAACAAGUUACAGACGUCGAAGAUUUUGGGGAGAUCGAUCAAGCAACUAAGGUGUGACUAGUCACCUUGAAAUCAAUUGGUGUCACUGUCACAUAUAUUUGGUUUUAACUCUGUCAUCAAUUGAUCUAUGUAACAUAGUAGGUUCUCAUGGAUUAGCAGUUCUUUGUGUUUCUUUAGCUUUACCAAAAAUAUUUUCAAGAAACCCGAAAACAUCCUAUUACAAUAUACAUAAAAAUGUAGAAAUCAACAUAAGCAUGUAGCAUU